UCCUUGCAAACAAACUUAACACGUGCAGACGGCCGGAUGUUAGUAAUACGCAGGUGCGACAAAACUAGGAAGUGAAAAUGGCGUCUAUACUACAGCGACAAAAGUCAAGUAUUUUGGAUCGACCUCUCAGUAAAGGAAAGGCAGAGGUCAAUUUGAGCACGUUUGCCCUGCUGUUUUCUGAGAUGGUUCAGUACUGCCAGAGCCGUGUUUAUACAGUACCAGAAUUACAAAAUAAGCUGACAGAGAUGGGCCACCAUGUAGGUGUGAGAAUGCUGGAUAUUUUGUUUCUAAGAGAGCGUACUUUCAAGAGGGAAGUUAAGCUAUUGAACAUGUUGCUGUUUAUCAAGACCAAUCUAUGGAAGACACUAUUUGGAAAAGAAGCUGACAAGUUGGAACAUGCCAAUGAUGAUGAAAGAACAUAUUAUAUAAUAGAAAAGGAGCCAUUGCUAAACAAAUUUAUUUCAGUUCCAAAAGAUAAAAGUAGUUUAAACUGUGCAUCUUUUAUGGCUGGAAUCAUUGAAGCUGUCUUAAAUGGGUGCAACUUUCCAGCUAAAGUGACCACCCACUGGCAUAAGGGAACGACAUUUAUGAUUAAGUUUGAUGAAUCUGUUAUAGCCAGGGACAAAACUGUAGAUGGCCGAUAACACUGGUACCAUAUAAAUAAAACUCUUAUGGAAACCUGCCAUGGGACUUGGUUGAAUAUGGUAAAGAAUCCAUUUUACCGAUUUUGGUAAAACAGCAUGCUCUCUUAUGAAAAGCAUUGGUCGGAUAUGGUAACUAUAUCAGUGAAAAAUAGUAACAGAUCAUAACAUUCAGACUUCUCACUGCCAUACAUUUGUACAAGUGUCAGCAUUGAAAUAAACUGUAUGGAAGUCACAUUAUGUUGAGGACAUGUAUCCUGGCACCACUGACAUAGCACAUCAACGUUAAAAUAACCAAUGGCCCAAGGAUGGUCAAAUGCAGGACAAUAUUCAAUAUUUUCUGUGCAAAAUAUUGUUUCCAUCAAUUUUUUAACAGAUUGGCAGAUGUAAACUAUCUUGAUCUAGAUGAUCAUCAAGAAAGUGGGUGCAUUUCUAUUAAAUUAUAUAUAAUAUUAAAGGUAUUCCAGCAAACAUUCUUGAGGAGUACACAUGCAAUAUGACAAUAUAAUUUAUUUCAAUGAAAAUAAAAAUGUUUU